AUGGAAACGAGCAAUUCAAACCAAAGAAGCAAACAAGCCAUACGUUGUAGAAACAAAGUACAAAACUGUGGAAGAAAAAGAGUGGUGGUAACACCAAACAUAAUUGAGUCUAAACCAAUGGGCGAACAUACUUGCAUUAGAGAUGCGGCAACAUGUUUAGACUUGUCACCGUCAACGGUUUGGAGGUUAAUAAAAAGAGGCAAGAUAAAAGCACAUUCAAAUCCAUUACACCCCGCUUUAACCGAUGCCAACAAAAUAAGAAGGGUGGAGUGGAUUUGGAGCCUUAUCCAAGAAGACACCAUUCAAAGACACCCAAUAUACAAAGCCAUAUAUGAUUUUAUUCACAUCGACGAGAAGUGGUUUUAUUUAACCAAGAAAACGCAAAGGAUUUAUUUAGCACACAAAGAAAAGGUCCCGUAUAGGGCAGGGAAGUCAUCAAAAUUCAUAUCUAAGGCCAUGUUCUUAAGUGCGGUAGCAAGGCCCAGAUGGAAUCAAUAUGGCCAAUGUACGUUUGAUGGGAAAAUUGGAAUUUUUCCUUUCAUCAAUAUGGUGGCAACACAAAGAGACUCAAAAAAUCGACCAAGGGGGUCAAUAGAGAUUAAACCAACCAAGAGCAUACAAUCAAUAAUGCAUAAAAAGAUGCCCAAAAACAUAAGAGAAUUAAUCACAACAGUUGAAGAUGCAUUCGAAGAGUUACAUCCAAAGAUCUUAACUAAUGUGUGGAUCUCAUUACAACACCAUUUAAAUGAGAUCCUAAAGGUUAAGGGAUGUAAUAACUACAUACAACCACUCUUUGGGAAUAAAAAGUACAAGAACACAAUGGAAGGUUAA